UCGUAUUGUGAAUAAAAGAAAAUAAGCAAUAAAGAAGACAAUGGCAAGCUUCACCUUAGUCACGUCCCUCCCAAAGUUUGGCCAUGCUGGUUCAGCAAUUGCUAGGGCUCGUGCAUGGAAUCCUAGGGUCUUUGCAGCUGCUACCCCUAGACCUAUCCAAGUACCUUCACAUCCUAAUGGCAAAGCAUCCGUUGAAGGCACUAAACAAGGAGCUAGUGAAACAGUUAAUAACAGUUUGAACGAAUCAACACAAGACAAGGCUUUCACCACAGCAGAAAAUGUGAUUAACAAGACAAAGGAUGUGGCUAAUCAGAUGUCAGCGGGUGCACAAAACCUUACUGAGAGAGCAAAGCAAACAAUGAAAGGUGCAUGGGAUUCCACUAAGAGCACAGCCAAUAAUGCUUCAGACUGUGUGGUGGAAAAGAGUAAAGAAUCAGCUGAAUAUGUCAAAGAAAAUGCAGAGAAAGUGAAGAAGAACAUGAACACAAAGAACUGAUUAAAGCACCACUUAAUCAUUUUUGUCAAUAGCAUCAUCUUUCUUGUUUAUUUUCAGCCAUUGUUUUUCCCCCAUUUUUUUAUUAUUCUUUUUUAUUUUCAUUUUGGUAUUCAUGGCACCACAUGUGGAGAAGAUAUGUCUCUUCCCAUGUGCCAUUCAUCUGAAACAAAAAUUUUGUUUCAACUAUCAAUAAAUAUUUAAGCCUUUCAUUUUCUUCUA